AAUAAAAAAGGUCGCGCGCGCCUCCACCUGGGGGAGGCCGACGCGUCGCGUGUCGCACUGCUGCGCGCGCCGCCGCGUGAAGCCGCAGCGAGCGCGCUCACGGAGCCAGGUACCUUCCACGCGCAGGGAAAUGUGCCCAUUUAAUUUAAUUAAGCUCUGCGUGGUUCUCUGCGCGGAGAAGGUCGUCACAUGGCGGCCCAAGUGAUUCCUUCGUGUCGGCUGAACACCAAAGAGAAACCGGGGGCUCGGUACUGGGGACGGAGUCACAUCCGGGGUACACGCAGCGAAUGACGUCACUUAGAAGCGAGGAAUACAGAUGCGUAAUCAAUGGCGGUGACUGGACCCUGGCUGGGUCGGUGGUGUGGCGUCGCUCCGGCGUGCCUGAACUCCCCGUCUGUCCCCGAGGGCGUGGAGCCGGACGGAAGGCUCCGCGGCGCCAUGGCGGAGGCCUUGGGCCAGAGGAGCUUGUUGGGCUUCGGCGUGGUGUUGGUCUGGCUGGUGCUGUUCCACCUGCUGGUGAACAUCUGGCUGCUGUGCGUGUUCACCAGCCUGCUGGUGGUGCUCGGCGGCUGGCUCGGCUCGCAGGCCGUCCUGGAGUCCAACAGCGUGGUCCACCUGGAGAGGUUCAUCACCCUGGAGCAGGUUCUGCCGUCUGCGGAGGAGGAGCGGCGCCUGGACCGGGAGAUCCACAACACAGUGAGGAAAGUCAUCAGGGACUUUGUGGCCUCGUGGUUCUCCACUGUAUCCUCCGAGACUGGUUUUGAGACGGAGGUUCAGGAGGCCAUGAUCUCCAUGGCCAUGGAGCUGAAGAGACGCUCGAGACGGCUCGACAGGAAGGAGCUGACCCAGAGGGUCCUGGAUCUGUUCGGCUGCCACCUGCAGGACUACAUCCGAGCCAAGGAGCUGGCUUCAGAGCAGCCGGAGCGCCCGGCGGCCAGGUGGGGCGGCGACGGCGAGCGGCUGUGGCGGGCGUAUUCUGCGGUUACCGCGCCCCAUCUCGCCACGACCGGCGUCGGCGCGCGGGUCGACUACACCAGGGCGCUCGUGGACCUGCUGCUGCACGUCUUGGUGCCGCCGCCGCACCUGGAGAGCCGCACGGGCCGGUUCGUCGUCGGCGAGCUCAUCACCUGCAACGUCCUGCUGCCGGUCGUCGCCAAGCUGUCCGACCCCGACUGGUUGAACGUUCUCGUCAUCGGAAUACUCGGCAGGUCCCGCAGACCGCAGGAGCCGGUUGCGACGGAGCCGCCGCCGUCGCUGCUGCGGACGCAGCCUUCGCCACCAUCAUCGCCGCCGCCGCCUGCUGAACCGGAGCUCGCUCCACUGCAAGAGACGCAAGCGCCUCAAAGGGAGAGCGAAGCUCCUCCGCUAAGAGAAAUGCUCAGCGACGCGGAAACGCCGGAGCUCUUCGCCUACGACGUCAUCGACGCCGAGGAGGCGGACUGUCCGCAGAGCAACGCCGAGGAAGAAGAACCUGCGCUGCCCUUUCUGAGGCACUACGUGAGGGGCAGCAAGCUGAACCCUUUUUACCAGGAGAACGACUCGGACCUGGACUCUCCCCUGGGGGACUACAAACGAGGCUCCGUCGAUUCCCUCGUCAUGGUCGGACAGGAGGACAACAAUGGCGUGGACCCGGAAGACGGCUUCCCCAGUCCGGCGGACGGCUCCUGCCCCAAAGUCCUGGUGAAUUCGGAGCCGGUGGGGCAUUCUGUUAACGGCAACCUCCAGGACCCGGAGAGGGAGGGUUCCCCCUCCGUGAGCACAGCCAGGGAGCUCCUUCUGGGGGUGGAACAGAAUGAGCUGACUGUGGUGGGCCCGCUUCAGGGCUCCUCCCCUCUGCAGACCUUCAGCUUCGAGCCCCUCAUCAGCCCCGACGGGCCGGUCAUCAUCCAGAACCUCCGCAUCUCCGGCACCAUCACGGCCAAGGAGCACCGCGGCACCGGCUCACACCCCUACACGCUCUACACCAUCAAAUACGAGACGAUGGGCUGCGAGACCCCCGGGAGCACCCAGCUGGUCUCCGAGGAGGCCGAGGUGGCCCUGCCGGGGGGUGAGGACCCAUCGGCCGUCCAGCAGGUGGCCUACCACAUGGUCAACAGGCGCUACAGCGAGUUCCUUAACCUGCAAACUCGGCUGGAGGAGAAAACUGAACUACGGAGGCUCAUCAAAGGGGUGAAGGGUCCAAAGAAAGUAUUUCCAGAGAUGCCGUUCGGAAACAUGGACAGCGACAAGAUAGAAGCCAGAAAAGGACUCCUGGAGAUCUUUCUGAAGCUUCUCUGUGCCAUCCCUGAAAUCGCCAACAGUGUGGAGAUGCAGGAGUUUCUGGCUCUCAACACCGACGCCAGGAUCGCCUUCGUCAAGAAACCUUUCAUCGUGUCACGAAUAGACAAGAUCGUGGUGAACGCCAUCGUGGACACGCUGAAGACGGCGUUCCCUCGCUCGGAACCUCAGAGCCCGACGGAGGACAACGAGCCGGAGGUGGACGGAGGGAAAUUCAGUUGUGAAAAGAAGAGCAGGUCUCGUCUGAAGUUCUCCAGUAAGAGCAUCCCCUUCAUGAACGGCUCUGACAUCAGACCCCCGGUGUCCUUCAGCUGGGAGCAAACCAGCACGGUGUUUAACGGGAUGUCGUUGGGAGACUUGAAAGCCUUCAUCGCUGAGCAGGAACAGCUGUCCGUCAGAGCGGAGUCGGAGAGGGUCGACAGUCCAGGGACGGGAGAGUUCGGAGGCCUUCCGGACGACGGCUCGAGGAGAAAGAACACACGGGAACCUGCGUCCGAGACGGCGCUGGCCGAGGUGGCGCUGAACAUCCUGUGUCUGCUGAUGGAGGAGCAGUGGAGCUGGCUGUGCACGGAGAACAUCCAGAAGACCAUCCGGCUGCUGUUCGGGACGUUUAUCAACAGGUGGCUGGACGUGAGCGUCGCCAACCUGACGUCCAGCGCGUACUGGGUGGCGUACCUGCAGGUCAUCCAAGAGUCCGUGUGGCCGGGAGGAGCUCUGCCGACGGCGCCCCGGCUUGAACGCAGCCGGCAGCAGAAGGACGACACCAGGCGGCAAGCCUUAAGCUGUCUGAUGAGACUCCUGCCGGAUCUGAUCUCAGACCUGUUGGGCUCAGACAAGUACAAGCUCUGCUGGCAGACUGCACUGGGCUCUCUUCAAGACCCCCAUAUUAACAGACAUCUGGUCUUCUGCAUAUUUGACCUUCUGCUGGAGUUCCUGGUUCCUGAAAUACCCGAGGAGGACUUCCAGAGGAGCCUGUUGCGAAGCCUCUCCAAGAACCCAGAGAAGCAGCUGGCGUGAGGAAGAAAAAAAGAAAAGAAACGUGACUCCCGUCUUUCAUUUCCAUCAUUGGAGUUGCUGUUGUUCUGCUAAUGUUCUGCGAUGAGAGCACCUGGUUUGUGUUUGAUCCCCAUAGAACGUGGCCGGUAUUCAGAGGUCUCCUCACCGGGCGCUCUCUUCCUGCCUGGCUUUCACCAAACUCGCUUCAGAUGGUCUUUUUUUCGCGCUCUGCCCCUCCAAAAAAACAACUCCACACCUGUUGCUCUAAUCUGGAUUAGCAGGGUUUUGCUUUAACGUAAAUCUUUGUAUUUUCCGUGGAGCCCCCCCCCCCCGCCCCCAUGUGAGUCUGACAUAAUGUGAGCUGUACUUCCUACAUCUGAGCCUUCCCUGAGGGACCCCGCAUGUAUCUGGCCAUGUAUUUAUUUAUGAUUUUAAGCCUGCAGAAUGUCCAGGUGUAGGAAAAGAACAUGCCGUCAUGCAGUGCGGUGACGGACUCGUGCCGUCAGAUGUCUUUAUGGCAGAAAACGUGCACAUGAAGCAUCACUCACUCUGACUGCUAUCUGUCCGUAAUGUCCCUCCACUUAAUCUGUCACAGCAUUUGGAUCCGUUUUCAUGCCUUUUCCUCUGGAAAAAGUUCCGCACCUCACUUUGGAACUACUUUUCUGCUGAGAAAAUAGUCCCACGUGAAAACGGCUCACGCAGCAGUAAGAAAACUAAUAAUAAUAUCUGCGUUCUAUUAAAGUUGUGACAGUGUGCAGGCUGUGGAGCUUUACCUACAAAUAUAUAAAUAUAUAUAAAUAUAUCUUCAACCCUCACCAUCUGAAGAGUUUUCAGUGGUCGACAGUCAUUUAACUUUAAACAUAUUGUUGAAGGUUUUUUUGGGCACUUUUUAAAAUCUGCCUUGGUGGUGGAAACACACAACAAUCAGCACUUCGUCCCCCGUGUGGUGAAGAGGUCGUUCCACGUACGUUCCCACACGGCGGGUCCUUCGUAUCCUAAACGUCUUAACAAACAGCGCUUAGCUUAACGCAAAUCAAGAUGUUUCUCAUUUUUAAAGGCGCUAAAUUUUUGCACAUUAACGCAUCAGCAAGCGACUGUCAUCUGUGUGAAGGUGUAAUACGACGGCUAACGGGUUAGCACCGUUAGCCGUUGUUGUCACCGUUAGCUUGUUAAGGUUAAGUUUCCCAAAAUAGUUGUGAUUAAAUUAACAUAACAUUUUUAAUACGGCACAUUUUUUUUCGAUUUUAUUUUCAGGACCAUAUGGGAGUCCACCGAUAUGCCGUCUUUUUCUCAUUUAAAAUGCUUCAAAUAAUGUGUCCUGUGACUGAAUCUGCAUGUUCAGUUGAGUUACAUUCCAACAAAAAACCACUUCAUGUUUCUGUCAUUCCAGCGUUUUGCACUUACUUCCUGCUUUAGUUUAUUUUUUUCCAUUUCCAUUGUGUUAACUUGUGAUUCAGCUUAUUUAUUAACCUAUUUAUUUGCUUUAUUUACUAAUUUAUGACGUUUUCUCGUUAAUGAAGUGCUUGUUCCUGGAGUUUGCCUUAAUUGAUUAAUUAAUGAGCUGACUCGAUGAUGUCCGGUCGGCUAGUCGUGCAGAAACGAAGCCGCCUUAGGAGAACGUGAGCACGGUUUCUUUAUAUUGUGUUCGCCAUUGUUGUGAUUAUUGUUGAAGCUGUUACUCUUAUUUGUUGUGAAGAGAUUUUCUCUAAUUUGCUGCAUACGGCUGCCAUUGGAUAUAUACUCUCAGUAUCAUUUAAAUAAUUUACUUUAACUAAAACCACAUAUACAAUAAUGUGUAAAUAGUUUAAUUAUGUUGUGUGACUGAUCAAAACUAGUGUAUCUUAUAAUAAUAUGGUUCUCUAAUCUAAUCUGUAAACAUCCCACGAAAUCCAUUUCUACGUAAAGAACAGUUCUUUUAUGUGAAUGAGUCGUUCCUCGUGUGACAGGAGACACAACGUAGAUUCAUCUGUCAGGUAACUUGUGUAGUUAAGCCAACGGAAAUCUAUUCCUAAACAUAACUAAGUAGUUUUGUUGCCUCAACAUAACUAAGUAGUUGUGUUGCAUAAACAUAACUAAGUAGUUGUGUUGCAUAAACAUAACUAAGUAGUUGUGUUGCAUAAACAUAACUAAGUAGUUGUGUUGCCUCAACAUAACUAAGUAGUUUUGUUGCAUAAACAUAACUAAGUAGUUCUGUUGGCUAAAACCUCAGUUAACUAAGUUGUUUCCUUUGAAGACGCAUGUUUAUUUUGAAGAGACUGAAUUCAUGUAACGAGCAGAAAUUGACGCUCUGCUGACUUUAAUGUGAAAACACACAAAACGUUGCUGAUGUCAUACGAACCGUUGUUGUAAUGAUAUUAAAACGUAUUAUGUUA